AUGUUGUUAUUCUUGUUAGGCUAUAUCCUAUGCUUUCGUGACAUAGCAAAACUCAACAAUUGCUUUGUCGAUGCUGCUAAAGUCAUCAAAACUAUACAUGGAGAUAGUUAUGAAUGUGUGGAUAUUUACAAACAACGAGCGUUUGAUCAUCGAACGAUGAGAAAUCACUUACUCCAACACAAAAUGCAUUGGAUAUCUUCACUUAAAAAUUCAAAACAAAAACCUAAAAGUGAUAAAAAGUUUGGUUUCUUAUGGGAAAAUGGUGUAGGUUGUCCUAUAAAUACUGUACCCAUACAAAAGAUUACUAAUGACAAACUAUUGAGAUUAAAUUUGCAUUUUGACAAAUAUAAACCCAAAGGAUCUUGGAACUUCACUAAUAAUCAAAAUAGUAUCAAUAAAAUCCAACAUCAUUUUGCGGUGGCUCGUACAAAGAAAGGCGAACGAAAAAACUAUAAUGGAGCAUCAAUGGUUGUUUCUGUAAAUGAUCCUGAAGUGAAAUAUCCACAAUUUAGUUCUGCUCGUAUGCAUGUUCAGAUGGGAGAUGAUUUUAUUCAAGUUGGAUGGACUAUCAAUCCAAGUUUAUAUCCCGACUUCAAACCAAGAAGUUUUGUUUAUACAAAAGCAGGUAAAAACCAAUGUUACAAUAGCAUGUGUUCAUCGGGAAUCAUAUUAGUUCGUCGAGAUAUUCCUCUUGGUGUGAUCCGAGGUCCUCCUACUGUUCGUGGUGCUAAACCAAGUGCUUAUGAUACAUAUAGAAUAUUAAAGGAUAAAGCAAAUGAUAGAUGGUGGCUUGAGUUUGGAGGAAUAAAUAUUGGUUUUUGGCCAUCAAAAAUAUUUCAACAGAGUUUUGCUAACGAUAUUGAAUGGGGAGGAGAAGCAUAUACGGCAUCUCUCCCCGGUCCUCAAAUGGGGAAUGGAUAUUUUCCAUUGUUGGAUCCAAACUACGAUGCACAUAUCUGUAAUAUAACUACAGUCGAUGAGAACUAUAAGAUCGAUGGAAUGGUAAAGAAUAUAGAGACAUUUUCUGAUAACAAUCAUGGUUAUAAAGUAUACGAAGAUUUAGAUUCAGGGUUACCAGUCGGACAUAUCAUAUAUUUUGGAGGUCCUGGAAUCAUAUUAAAGAAAGACAAAAAAAUUAUGUAA